AUGGCUGCGUACCAGAAUGAGACUCCAUUGAAAGUGUCCGAAUCUGUGGGGACCUUGGGGAAGAGCCCUGUCGACCCGCUGCUCGUGGAGAUUCCCAAGGUUUGGUUUGGGAACAGAACCAAGUUUUGGUUUCUGUUGGUGGAUGCUGGUACGCGGGACACGCUUGCGGGCACUAGAGAAUAUUCGGUCUCUCUAAUUGAAGAGGCAGUGCAGCGUCAACUCGGUUCCCGUAAAAUGGAUCAGCUCGAAGACGCUCUUGAAACUGAAUCCCCACGAAAGAAGCCUAGGCUGCUACAAUCACGGCUUGCGCCUGCAGUGCCAGUGUUCGAGGGCUACUUCUCGGUUCCAUUGGAGAGCAUCGCCGCCUUCCAGACGAUAAAGCAGGGGUUCUCCGACACAAGAUUACCUGAACGACCGCUGUUUCUGCUCUAUGGUCCUCGACAGUUUGGGAAAACAACCAUUGCCUACGGAUCGACACCUGGCUGGCUGCUGAAGUUCCUGAUACUCGGUAUCAUUGCUAAAUGUGGUGGAGGCAUCCGCCGCGCGCACGAAGAAAAGGGUGUGCCUUAUCGUGGACGGGGUGGACUCCCUGUCCGCGGACCGAGCUUUGAUAAGGGUCUUUCUAUCGGUGCUUCCUUAUACGCUGAAACCAAGCUGUUGCAAGCCGAGUCAUUUUCAGCGAUGCAGAUGGCUGCGUUUUUCGAGCUGAUCGAGCCAUGUUUUAACUUUGCGAAGUCUCUUCGGCAGGCGAUUAUGGAGUAUUCUGGUGGCGCACCUGGCGUAUUUGGUUCGCUGACGUGGGAAUUCUGGUACAAGCAAUGGAUGGAAAGUUCCGAGACGGUGCACCGCGUUUGUGUCGAAGCACUGCCCGAACGAGAUGUACAAGCUAUUGAGAAUGCUGGAGACCCGCUGGUGCUGCUAUCUGCUGCCGUUCGUGAGAUGAGACCAGAGGUCAUUACAGACCUUGUCUUCGGAAACGAUAAAUGUCCGCCUGUGGCAGCAUUUCACCAGGAGUUGUUCUGUACGAUGCGAGAUAUUUUGAAGGAGACGCAACGGUUUACGAGAGACCGUCUCAAAGCGCAGUCGCCCAACAGCGCACACAGAGCCGAUAUUAUCGUUGAGGACGAAAGUGUUCGAUUCGGUUUUGAAGUGAAAGUCGGCUUGUCAGACGAAACCGCGGUUGUUGGGGCGGUGCGGCAAGCUGACGAGUAUCGCGUUUUCUAUUCGGCCAAGCAAAUGUUCCUAGUGAUUUUUACUCCGCCUGGGAGCAAUUCCCCUGAAGUGAACAGCGUGAAAGAGUUCCCCGAAGUCAAGAUCAUUCAGGUUCGCUUCGAUGAAACUUGCAAUACGUUCUGUCUUCAGCUGCUGGAGUAA